AAGAUACGUAGCAGCCCACAUGAAAUUGACGCUACAUGAUUGAUGCUACUGUAGUGGAAGCUACCUAGCAAACAGCUUCUACGAUGAAACUGUACUGCCUAUCUGGACACCCUACAUUGCCAUGCAAUGUUCUCAAAUUUAAAUCCACCACCAUCAUGUUGGACUGUGGGCUGGAUACCACGUCUGUCCUUAACUUCCUUCCCCUUCCUCUGGUGCACAGUCCAAGGCUCUCCAAACUACCUGGUUGGAUUUCCAAAGAUGGCACGGUUAACCUGCAGAAGGAACUCAAGGAGUGUUCAGGUCGUGUGUUUGUGGACUCACAGCCAGAGUUCUGUCUCCCAGAGAAAGAGCUGCUUGACUUAUCCACCAUUGAUGUCAUAUUGAUUUCUAACUAUCACUGUAUGAUGGCCCUCCCCUAUAUCACUGAACACACCGGUUUCACUGGAACAGUGUACGCCACAGAGCCAACUCUCCAGAUAGGCAGAUUGCUAAUGGAGGAGCUGGUGAAUUUCAUGGAGAGGGUACCCAAGGCUCAGUCUGCCGUCUGCUGGAAGAAUAAGGAAAUACAAAGGCUGCUACCUGGAACACUUAAAGAUGUUGCUCAUGUGUGGGCAUGGAAGCGAUGCUACAGCAUUCAAGAGGUGAACUCUGCUCUCAGCAAAGUCCAGCUUGUGGGCUACUCCCAGAAAGUGGAACUGUUUGGUGCUGUGCAGGUCACACCCCUAAGCUCCGGCUACUCAUUGGGCAGCUCAAACUGGAUCAUCCAAUCCCAUUAUGAGAAAGUGUCCUAUGUGUCUGGAUCCUCCCUUCUCACCACUCAUCCUCAGCCAAUGGACCAGAGCUCACUGAAGAACAGUGAUGUUCUCAUCCUGACUGGCCUCACUCAAAUGCCAACUGCCAACCCAGAUGGCAUGCUGGGGGAUUUCUGCAGUAACCUGGCCAUGACUAUUCGCGCAGGGGGCAACGUAUUGGUGCCUUGCUACUCCUCUGGAGUGAUCUACGAUCUUCUGGAGUGCCUGUACCAGUUCAUAGAGAACGCCAACCUCGGAAACACACCUUUCUACUUCAUAUCCCCCGUGGCCAACAGCUCCCUGGAGUUUUCACAAAUCUUCGCUGAGUGGCUCUGUCACAACAAACAGUCAAAGGUCUAUCUUCCAGAACCUCCUUUUCCACAUGCAGAGCUGAUCCAGACCAACAAGCUGAAGCACUACCCCACCAUCCAUGGCAGCUUCAGCAGCGAGUUCCGUCAGCCAUGCGUGGUGUUUACCGGUCACCCUUCCCUGCGUUUCGGUGAUGUGGUUCACUUCUUGGAGCUGUGGGGGAAGUCCAGCCUCAACACCAUCAUCUUCACUGAGCCCGACUUUUCCUACCUAGAAGCCCUGGCCCCCUACCAGCCCCUGGCCAUGAAGUGUGUCUACUGCCCCAUCGACACACGCCUCAACUUCCACCAGGUGUCCAAGCUCCUCAAGGAGGUCCAGCCCCUUCAUGUGGUGUGCCCAGAGCAGUACACCCAGCCUCCCCUGGCCCAGCCUCAUCGUUCAGACCUGAUGCUAGAGCUGCAGCCUGCUCCCAUGCCGUACCGGCGCUGUUCCGUCCUGAGCCUGCCCUUCAGACGGCACUACGAACGCAUCCAACUGCUGCCUGAGUUGGCCCGGUCCCUUGUUCCCUCUGAGAUCAAGCCUGGCAUCUCUGUUGCAACAGUGUCAGCUGUCCUACAGUCCAAGGACAACAAACACAUGCUCCAGUCGGUGCCCAAGCCCCCUCCCGUGCCCCCUAGUAAAAAGAGGAAGAGGGUGAUGGAGGAGCCCCCAGAGCUGCUGGCCCCCAAACCUCUCCUCAGUGGAGCAAUCCCCCUGGAGGCCUUCCUGGCUGCCCUCCACAAGCACGGCAUCACGGAGGUGAAGGUGGAGGAGACGGCAGACGGCCACAUGCUCCACCUGCAGGCCGAGGACACUCUGAUUCAGCUGGAGGAGGACGGGACGCACAUUGUGUGCGACAACAACGAGACGCUGCGCACCACCCUGCGAGACCUGGUGCUGAGGUUCUUACAGAAGCUCUGAAUCCUGACCUCAACAUCCCCUUCUCCCUCCCCUGUCUGUACCUCCCUCAUCCUCCAGGACUGAGUAACAGCUGGUCUUUGAUAUUUCCUCUGUGCUCUAUUAAUACCUAGGACCUAUUAUAAGAGAAGUUUGGAUUUGGGAAGUGUUUAGGUUGACACAGUAUUUGUGGUCAACCCAUAUUGUUGUGUGUUACCAUUAUCUUACAGUUAAUAUUUGUAAAAUAGCUUUUUUGUUAUAAAAUUCCAAUUUGGAAUAUGUAUUUUUAGACUUAACUUGAACCUCAGCUUUGGUGUUUCUUAAGUGAACAUGGGACAUUGUUAGACUUCUAUUUGGGGUUUUGGCAGGUAACACUAGACAGGGCAAAAGGUGCCUUAAAUAGAUUAAAUCCAACAGUUGGUUAAGCUGAUAAUCCUCAAUACAGAAGCUUUUUUAAGGACACAUCGUAUCUUUCUGUGCUACUGUGCAGGCGAACAGAAAAGGCUUGAGUUACAUUUAGCAGACGCUCUUAUUCAGAGUGACUUACAGUAAGCACAGGGACAUUCCCCCGAGGCAAGUAGGGUUAAGUGUCUUACCCAAAGGCCCAAUUCCCUAACUGCUUAGCCAUCUGACCCCCCUUAUAGAGUUAUAACACCGUGACUGAGCACUAUUUACAAGCUUAGCAAAACAUGUAAUUUGAGAUCAUAUCAGUUUUUUCAGGAUGAAGGUAUCAAAUUAAAAGGUAACUUCCAGGAUAAUCAUCGCAAAAUAUUUUAUUCCAUAAUUCCUCAGUUUACAUGCUGCUAAAAUACAUAUAUUUUCAAUGUACAUUAACUUAAAUAUACAGCGUUCUACACAAGGGUAGCUUGGAUAACACAGAUGUACUAUAUGCAGAAGAUGGAAAGGGUGUUGUAUAGGAAAUAAGUGGUUGUGAAGUUAGUGUGAGCAAAUUAACUUCUCUUCCCUUCAUUUGUCACGUUAACAGAUACUACAGAAUUUGUCAGGAAAAAAACUGCUUCCCUUACAUUGGGAGCUAUCUGUAAGCAGGAAUAGAAGUUUGUGAAGUGUUUAACCAGUUUAAAACAGCUACUGGUGGCAGUGCGUCUGGGAGGACACUAGCGCUCGUCCACCAGAUCUCCUCGAUAACCUGAGGGCAGUUUGGUCUUCAGCAGGUCGCAUGACGCACCUUCAUACAUAGAGGUUUAUGUGAACUUCAGGUCAACGUCAGCUGUUUCUCUAACCUAUAGAUAGGCACUUGUAGAUCUGAGAGGCUGGAGCAGGUACAAGCGACAUUCUACCAUACUUGUAAACCUUUAAACUGAAAUCAAACAAA